CUCUUACCAAAUAUUCUCUCAAUAGGCUGUGAUGGCGAAGAAACACAUAUAAAGAUAUGAAGACCAAGGGAGGCAGAACUCUACAGCCCUUUGCUUUCCACUUCAUAACAAGAGAGCAAAAUGAAUUAUUCCACAUGCCGGAGGCUCCUCUCAUCGUGGGUCAUCAUCCUUCUCGUCCAUUGUGUCCCCGGUUCCUCGUUGAAGAUAAGAGGACUUCAGCUCUUCAAUGACGAAACUGGUAUAUUUUCAGGACCAUUGGGCUUCCCGCGAAACUUCAGUUCCGAAUGGAUUAAUGCCGAGUCUUAUUCCUUCAUUGAUACAGAGCCAAUGUCUUUCUUCUGCAGCACAUCGCAAAGAUUACCAUACCAACAGACAUCGUGGCCGCGCUUAAAGGCCACACCGGGUUCGACGAUUUGCCCGCACUAUGCACUAGAUACACUUUCGACCAGGGAUCGCGUGGACCGGGGGGUGAUAAGUUGGUAUGGAAGUAGCUACACUAACCUUACUGACCUCAAAAGUCUGUCAGAUGUCAUUAACAUUCCGGAAGCCGGAACGGGACAAGAGCUUGCGAUGCACUCUUACCCCUCGCUGGUCCAUUCGGCAUGCCCGACUCCGUUUCGAAUCCCCAAAGAUUUGAAAAUCUCAAGCAUCUAUACAAUCUACUGGCUGUGGAAUACAACGAAGCUGAUGGAAACCGGGUUCCAAAUCUAUACUACAUGUAUUGACAUUGAAAUAACGUCCGACCUGUCAACAGAAAGGCCAAGGGCUGAAGAAGAGCCCCUGAUAAGCUUGACUUUAACCUCAAUACAUUUCAU